AUGAAAACCGGAUUUAUAUUACUGUUGUGUUUGUCUCUUUUGGAGGGAUAUUAUUGUGAUUGCCGGGGUGGAUGGGUAAAAAAUGGCCACACUUGUUACCAUUUUAGUCAUGAUACAGAGAACUGGAUAGACGCCAAGCUAGUGUGUCAGGCACUGCAGGGCUCGUUGGUGGUGAUAGAAUCACAGCAGGAAAAUGACUUCCUGCAGAACCAAAUACAGUCUCUCAACCAUGAGUGGUACUGGACAGCUCUCUCAGACAUGGAGGAGGAACACAAUUGGGGUUGGAUGGGAGACAGGAAGACGGCACUCGUGUACUAUACUAAUUGGGAUCAUGGGGAACCGAGCAGUUCAGACCAAGAGAAUUGCGGCGCCAUCAAAACUAAUGGUCGUUGGAAGGACAUCCCGUGCCAUCUGUUCGGAUAUUUCAUUUGUGAAAAGCCGGAUGAAAUGGAUGUCAUCGGUUAAUCCUCAUCUGUAUUACUCUGUACAUUCUAAUAAACUUUUGCAAAGCA